UUGUAAUAAGGUCGUCACUUGCUCUUUUAUUUGUAGAUUUUUAUGUCGUUUAACGUUUUAUUUCGAAGCCAAAGCGCUUGCUAUCAAUAUAUAACAUUUGAAGAAACAAAAAAAAAAGACAAUUUUUUUUUUUUACCCUUGAAAGGUUACCUCUCGUUCUGUUAAGGUACAUAUACGCGAAUUUAUGUAGGAACAGAAACGGAAUCAUUUUAUUCUUAUUUUCCUCCGUCCACACACAUGGAAUAAGAUGACGGCUUUGACCCUCCUCUUAGUAUCCCCGUAGGCACUAAGCUCUAAAGGUGAUAUGGAGGCGUUCAAUGACCUGACCUGAUCAAUUUAAAUGCGCGUAUAUUUUCCAUUUCAAACUUCAAUGCAAACUCAUACUUUUGGUUUAUUUUGUGGUUGUUGUUUUUGUUGUUGUUUUUUUUUUUUUUUGCUAAUUUAAUUGACAAAUGUACUUAUUUUUCACGAUUUCUUAUAAUGUGGAAACAAAAAUGUGACGAGCACGGUUCCUCUCGUGUUUUACGAAACGUUGUGAGUUGGAGGAUUUAUUUUGGAGGGCGGGCACUGAACGUCAUAGAAGAAGAUGGCUGCCCCCUGUGCAGCGAUCGCACGUCGGGCUCUGCUUCGUUAUCUGACGCGUUUUGAGAGGACCCCGGUGGCGAAUUGUGUGUUUCGCCCGUUUUCCAAGAGUUCCCUAUGCCGUUCAAGCUUGCGGAACAAAUUAGCUACAGAAAAGCCGCGUUCCCCUUGGACUCUGAUGGCUGCGGUGUAUUUGCAGCGGCCGCCGGUCAUCUCGUCAGAUCUGAAUCCCUUGGAGCAGCGCUUUGCUCAAAUGAUGCAGCAGAUGGAGCUGGAGAAAAGCGUCCUGUGUGAGCAUGAGCUGCGCCUGCUGGAGGACGCAGAGAGGCUGAGGAGAAGGCAGGCCGACGAUUACGACGAGGAUGAGGACGAUGACGAGCGCAAGGACCAAGACAUCGUACUAACGCAGGAUCUGGAGGACGAAUGGGAACGCAAACUCAAGACAUUCAGCCCCACGCCCAGAGUAGCAGACGACGUGGAUAAGGACCUGAGCUCACCGCAGCGUCUCCUGUCCGACUCUCUGGUGCUGCUGUCCGAGCAGCAGGUGGGAAGCGACAAGCUGUGGCUGCUGCCUCAGGCCCAGUGGCUGCCGGGUGAGACGUUGAGGCACACGGCCGAGAGGGCGCUCGCCUCCCUCACAGAACCCGCUCUCAAGGCCACCUUUCUGGGCCAGGCACCAUGCGGUGUGUACAAGUACAAGCUGCCCAAAACCGCUCGCAGCGAAACCACAGUGGGAGCCAAGAUCUUCUUCUUCAAAGCCAUCCUGACUCAUGAUACUACGAUCAAUUCGGAGCCCAACGGCAGCCUCAUGUGGCUGAGCAAACGAGAACUGCAGCCCUUUCUAAAGCCGGCCUACAUGAUGAAGGUGGAGCGCUUCAUCUUGGGUCCCUGAGUCGGACUAUUAGGUACACCUGCACCAUCCAACCGUGCUUAAUGUCAGUGAUUCAACUAUACUUGGUAAAAGUCCACCCAAUCAAAUGUCUUUAUUUCUUUCCUUACGCAAAUAAAGCUUGAGCUGUACCUGAAUGUCCCAA